AAUAAGCAAACAAGAAGAUUAUUAUCAUACAAUAAACCCAUACCUGAAGGAUAAUGGAAUCAAGCAGCUUAUUGGGAAAUAUGAGUAACAACACGGAGAAGCAAAACAAGAACGCCACAGAAAGCUUAUUCUCAGGACUCAGCAGCCUCAUCAGUCUUCUCCCCACAGGCACCGUAUUCCUCUUCCAAUUCCUCAAUCCCGUCGCCACCAACUCCGGCGUCUGCCAACCCUUCCACAAGUACCUCUCCGCCGCAUUCCUCACCGUCUGCUCCUUUAACUGCUGCUUCGCCACAUUCACAGACAGCUACACCGGCUCCGACGGCAGAAGGCACUACGGCGUCGCCACCACGAAAGGGCUUUGGCCGGCGCCUUCCUCCGAGUCGAUGGACUUGUCGGCGUACAGGCUGCGAGUGAGGGACUUCGUGCAUGCCUUGUUGUCGUUGGGCGUUUUUGGAGUGCUAGGGUUUCUGGACAAGAAUACUGUGAAUUGCUUGUACCCGGAGAUGGAUGCGUACAACGAUAUUCUGUUGAAGGCGUUGCCGCCGAUCAUGGGGCUGGUUUCUGGAACCUUCUUUUCCAUCUUCCCGUGGAAGCGCCAUGGAAUUGGGUACUACCCUGUUACUGACACCUCCAAGAACGGCAUCUCAGUUAGUUGAAAGAUAAUGUGAAAGUAAAUAUUACACAGAAAGUCAACAUCAAUGACUUGUUUCGCUUAUUUUUCUGUGCAUGAUAUGUACGAUCUAAUGUUUGGAAGGAUUGUGCUUGUUUUCCCAAAAAAAAAAAAAAAAAAGACUGGCCUAUAUCUCGUUGUACGUUUGUGAUUUCGUUCAAGUUAUGUUGAAUAAACUUGCUAA